AUGGGCGUCGGUCCGAGACCUAGAGAAAUUCUAACGAGAAUUCAAGACGCGAAACUGGUGGUCGAUAAAGUUCAGAAGGACGGCGAGGUUUAAAAAGGUCUUUGUUGAAUCUAAAUUUAAAAUUUUUCAGUCUGUUUAUCGCAUAACGUUCGCAUUGAAAACAGACAAAACGAGUAAUCGAUUCGAGGUUUUCUGAGAUAAAUUUAGGAAAAUUUUAAAGUUUGAACGUUAUUGCAGUUUACGGAUAUCAGAGACGUCCUUUGUCCGCUCAUCAACCAAGGAAAAAUGACGAUCAAAUUUUCGGAGCCGACAGUUGAAGUGAUGAUCAGCGGGGUACUAGAAAAACUGAACUUUUGACCCAGUUUUGCAGGUCUUGGGUCCAUUUUUCAGGUUUUCUUCGGUCUAAACAUCUCUCGGGGCCAGACGGUCCGAUCUUUCUGAACUUUGAACCCAAAAUACUUGAAAUACGGGCUCGAUUGGAAUUCUGCAACUGGGUCAUAAGUUUAGAGAAUGGCCUCAAAAAACGGCUCAAUUUCAGGCGGACCCCGCGUCCUUGAAGCAACUUCUGAAUAUUCGCGAGCAGAUCGAUUCGGGAGCCGACGUGGAGCUCGAGAAGGUGAGCAAAGUAAGAUCGGCGGACUUCAAACCGAAGACGAUACACGUGACGGCCCGUGAGGAGUACUCGAAGAAACAGUCGGACUUCUCGGACAUGACCCAAUCGCUCAAAAUCGAACCGAUCGAUAUGCGGAUGCCGGAUCCGAAAUGGGCCAGAUGUCGCAACCUGACGAGACUCAUCCUGAGCGGAAAUCCGAUCGGAAGACUCAAAAAGAACUUGGAGGUGUUCGGGAAGCUGAAACAUUUGGGAUGGCUGGAAUUGACCUAUUGUGAAUUGGCACCAGCAGGUUAGAUGGGGCUAGAAUCUAUAUCCCAAUGAACUUGUCGUUGCAGGACCCGAAUUCCGACGCCUAGACAAAGAAGUCUGCAAAAUGUUCCAGAGUUUGCCGGAUUCACUCACUUCACUCGAUCUCACUGGCAACAACUUGACUGUAUCUUAAAAGAAAUAUUUGUUCGGAAAUUAUUAUUUCUUACAGAUGUUCCCUCCGAUCUUUCACCUCAUAAACAUCAGAACUCUAAACCUGUCGUGCAACCGAAUCCGCUACUGCCCGACGCUCGUCGGCCGCUUCCGACAUGUCUCCGUGUUCGAUGUCAGCGACAACGAACUGCCCUCGGUCCCGAUGAUCUUCAGACACAUGAGAACUGUCAGAUUUUUCGGAUUGGCCAACAAUCCGAUGGUGCUACUGUAAUCGAAAUGUUCUUUCCGUUUCAAAUCGUUGCUUCUAUUGCAGGCCCGACCAUCGAGUCGUCGCCGAGACGUUCGCUCUGAACCGAAAAGUCGACGGGAGCAAGUACACGCGCGGCGGAGUCGACACUCUUCAGACACUCGCCGCCCACGCUCUUCACAAGUAUCCGAACUUCCAGUUGACCCAAAAUUUCACUUUUUUCUUGGCAGAGAGGACAAAUGGCAAGUGUUCGGGGAGUACUUCCCGAUGCACGUCCGCAUCCAACUCGACGAAAUGCUCACUGAGGAGGUGUGCGUGACGGCCGUCGAACGGUGCUCUUACUGUAGCGAACUGAGGCUGAUGCGGUACGCGCAUACACACGUCGUUAGCACAAGAGAUGUCGUCUCCUCCUCCGACCUCUUCAAUCGCGAUAUUCGUGUUUAGUGAGUUUUAGAAAAUUAAAAAUUCGAAUGACAUGGUUAUGGAAUUGAACUGUUUGCAAACAAACAUAAAGUCGGAAAUGUCCAGAUUGCUGUCCCUCAAGGACAAUCCAGGCAAUCUGAACAUUUCCGACUCUUGUGCUCGUCCAAUUGUGUUGUUGGAUCUGGAGUUAUAGUGAUUUUUGCUAUAAGGUCCGGAGUAGAUAAUUCGAUCGAUCUGAAGUUUUCGAGCUGGAUACUCAAGGUCAAGACUGAUAAUCCUGCCAAGUUAGGGUCCGAGUAGGUAGCCCUAACUGGAUUCCAAGUGAAAAAGUCUUAAAAUCAAGAAGGUUAGAAUUUGACACUUUCAGCUCCCUCGCCUGCAUUGACUGCUUCCGCACAUGCCGUCAUUCUUUCCAGCAGCGGAUCGCACCUGAUCGUGGAGAUUUCUUUCGAUACGCCCUCUGA